CUAAUUGGAACAAAGACAUUGUAACUUACGGGUUGACUAAGCUCGUUUGUACCGGUGCAGCAUUCGUCUCUUCUCAGUUGAAAUGCUUGCCAAAACUGUACUCGCGUUCUUCGGAAUAUCUUGCUUCGUUCUAACAAGCGAAGCAGCCGUCGAUCCGCUGUGUGCCAAGUACGGCAGCAACCACACGACUUGCAUCCCGGCCAAGAACUGCCCCGCUGAUGCCAACGGAGGACCAUGCGGAGUUACGGAGGCUGACAAGGCUUUUAUCGUUAAAUAUCAUAACGAAUAUCGGCAAAAGAUCUCGAGGGGCGGAGAGACCCGAGGGUCUCCAGGUCCACAGCCCGCCGGCACGAACCUCCGCGAGAUGACAUGGAACGAUGACCUCGCUCGCGGUGCCCAGCGAUGGGCCGAGCAACUUGCCAAGGGCCAUGACUGUCAGGCCGUACUUGUCGGCUUAUCGGCAGUGACUCACUGCAGUCGCGUCCCUGGCUACGACGCCGUCGGUCAGAACUUCGCCCUCCCUGGAAGCAGUGGACCGAUCAAAUCAGCGAAUUGGCAGAGUGUAAUUGAUGGAUGGAUCGGCGAAGUCAAGGACGUCGUCGCCCCCGCCAUGAAGAGCAACGGAGCAGACAUCGGACACUACACUCAGGUUGUGUGGCAUGAGACUCGAGAAGUUGGCUGCGGAGUCUUCACCAAUAACCAGAAGUGUGCAUGGAUGGCCGGAUGGAAUAAUUUCUACUGCGCCAAGUACAUCUGCAACUACGGACCCGCAGGCAACAUGGUAGACAAGAACAGAAACCCUCUGCCUCCCUACAGCACCACUGUAGCCUGCAAGAAACCGUCCACCAACUACCCUGGACUCUGCGCCGAGUGAUGAAAAUAAUCCAUGAGUUUCAGUCAUUGUUCUUGGAGUGGAAGUAUCAAUCAGAUUUGUUGGCUCUGAAACAUUUUUUACUAUUUUAUUUUAGUAAACAUUUAUAAUUUUUAUGUUAAAUUUUUGAGACGUUUGCAAAGUAAUAGGCGAGAUUAGAAUUUCGACGAUUGCACUCCAUUUGAGCGAGUGUUCGAUUCGAACACGUGAAAAAUGUGGUUAUGUUGAUGUUUUUGUUCCUAUUCCAAAUUUGAAUUGUUCAAAACUUCCUUGAAGCAAAUCGCUUUAUACAAAAAAGUAAACAUCCUGAUCUUGAAGCAAAACGUCCCUGCUUUAGAUUCGCUCCAAUUUAUUUUCAAGCUUAGCAUAUAGUUUAUUAAUAUAUCUUGCAUGGC